UUCGUGCUUGCUUUUUAAAAAAUAUAUAAUAUCUAGUUAAUUUAAAGGAAAACCCUUUAAAUAAAUGCCUCAAAGGGAAUAGUAACGUAUAUAACAUACGAUAAAAAAAAUUACUGUCAAGUUUCGCAAAUAAUGUUUGUGUUUUAAGAUGAAACUUUUUAAAAUAUUUAAAAAUACAUUUGCCAUGGCUGUUUUUCUAAGUGCUAUUUGGUUACUGUUUACUUGGAGUAAUGUGGGAAUGUUAAGUAUUCAAACUGAUUCAAGAAGCAUUCCAGUUGCUGUGAGAAACAAGCUUUGCAAUGUUAACUUUAAUGAUGAAAGACCACACGUCACCAACAGUACAAGUUUGAAAAUGAUAUAUUAUGUGACUCCUACAUACCCCAGACCAGAACAAGUGCCUGAAUUGACACGAUUGGCACAUACCUUGAUGCAUGUGCCUAGAAUUCAUUGGAUUGUUGCAGACGACCAGCCUUUGUGUUCCGAUCAAGUGUCCAGCGUGCUUAGACGGACCGGCCUGCCUUACACACACAUAUCCAGUCCCAAACCAUUCAUUUACAAGAGCACAAAUUUUCCGCGAGGAGUCGCCAACCGACGCGUCGCACUCAAUUGGCUGCAGGAGAAUGUCGCCGAAGGGGUGUUGUACUUUGGUGAUGAUGACAACACCGUGGAUUUGCGGCUCUUCGAUGAGCUGAGAAAUACUAAGAAGGUGUCCAUGUUUCCGGUCGGACUGAUUGGGGAAUAUGGAGUUUCAUCACCCAUAGUGAAGGACGGAAAGGUGGUUGGAUUUUUCGACUCGUGGCCGGCUUCGAGAACUUUCCCAGUGGAUAUGGCGGGAUUCGCAGUCAACAUCGAGUUCCUGAAGGAAACCGCCAACAUGCCAUUCAUCGCUGGACACGAGGAAGACAGGUUCCUAGUUAGCUUAGACCUCAAGGUCGAGGAUAUUGAGCCGCUAGCUGCGAAUUGCACUAAGGUCCUAGUCUGGCACACCAAAACCGUGAAGCACAAGAAGCCGACUCUGAAAAUAAAUAUAAACAAACUAAAUACCAUUUCGAAAUAUCAGAACUUUGUCAAUCUCCUCAAAGAGACGUCCAGACUGGGCAUGGCCGAAGUGAACGCGGAAGCAGGCAUCAAGUCGUACAUCACACGCAACAGGAAGACGUCCGAAACGUUAGCCGAUAUCCAGUAGGUUGUCGGAAUACGCUCGCCGUACGUUUUGGCCAAAUCGUUACUCAGUAGGUAGGUAUUUGCAAUUGCAUUGCGUGUGGUCGCGUUGCGUUUCACGUUCAACUCCUGCAAUAAGAAAUAUAUACGACAUAUUGCGACGUUCACGUAAUCAUACAUGUGUAGAUGUUAAUGAAGCCGGUUCCAAACGGUACGGGUAGUAAGUACUGUGAGCAGUGUCGCCCGAGGUAUGUUUUUAUUGUCCAAUCUGUAUUAAGGGAACAUUCGAUAGUUCUCUAUGUUAAUAGUUAUAAAUAUAAAAAUAUAAUGUGAAUUGCAUUAAUCAGUCAUACUCUAAAUUAUAUUGAAAAAUAUUAUUAUUUUUAAAAUGAGUAUACGAGGUGGUCGACGUUAGCUCUGUGUCAUGCAGUUAGGUAUGGUGCGACGAGGGUAGGGCGGUAAUUAGGAUUUAUCGUAGCCGGCGGUGAGACAGCGUCGGCGGUGAGGGUACUAUAUAAAUAAGGACUCAUAGUUACGUUAAUAGUCGAA